UCAUGGAAGUCCUUGAGCAGCUGUUUGUUGAUCACCGAGGUUGGUAAAGGAACGCAAAUCGAUCGCCAAUCGACAUGACUGCCGUGAUCCUGAUUCUGGCCCGUGCCACCCGUAGUGGGGCUUGAUUGACCGCUGCAAUCCGUACGUGGACAUCCAUAAUCAUUGUUCAAUCAUUCUUCAUAAUUGUCACACACUGACCUCACCAGGAAUUGGGAGGUGUGUCUCACAGUCAUCCACAAACCACUAAAUUUUAGUCGUGAAAAAUCUCCUUCAAAAUGGCUGGCAGAUGGGCAUGGUCGCGUUUAGCAGUUCAGAAUUACAGUCAUCAGCGCGCUGGGCUCAGGUCAGCUCAUCGAUCUGUGCUGCUCAAGUUCAGUUGGGGCGGGGGUGCGCGGCGUACGUUUCAGACAUCUUCACAGGCCCAAAGUGGCGGGCCGGGCCCUAAACUAACGCCACUAGACGUGAGCGCGAUCCUGCGACAAAAUGAAUUUACGCUGGCCGGCACUGAGUCAGAUCCCAACGUGAAGGGAGGCCAAGUCAACGUGCACGCUACGCUGUCGGGCGCGAUUAAAGCCUAUGACAUGAAUACGCUCAACUCCAACUCGCCCACCGAAGAUGCGCACACGGAGGCGCUGCAAGUGUUUGGCAAGAAAGCCGGCGCGCUCUUUGGCAUAUUUGAUGGCCAUGGUGGAGCCGCAUGCGGCCAGGUGGUAGCCAAACGGCUCUUCAAUUACGUGGCAGCCAUUCUCCUCUCGCCCGAUGAGCUCUUGCAGCAUCUGGAAGCCCGCAAAUCCGGUGACACCGAGCACGAACACUACCACGUGGUCAACCCUUUCCAUGAGGUGUUCGAGCUGGUCGCCGACCUACAGCGCUUCUACGAGUCCAGCUACAUUCGAUACCUCGAGGAGCUCGCUCAAGAGGCCGAGAUUAACUCCGAGGAUUACCUCAACCGCUCCAUGGAGGAUCGCCUCAAGCAGGCCUUUCGUUCCUUGGACGACGCCAUGUCCGAAGAAGCUAUUCAAUGUCGCAACAAGGUCAGCAAAGAAGGUCACGAGAUUCGUAUGAAGACCCUAAGCGUGGCCUUGAGUGGGGCCGUGGCCACUUUGGCCCAUAUCCAGGACGCCGACCUCCACGUGGCCAGCUGUGGAGACGUCACGGCCGUUCUGGGGUCCUUGAGUGAGAACGAGACUUGGGUGGCCAAGAAGCUCACCGUGGAACACAAUGCGGACAACCCCGAUGAGGUGGCUCGGAUCGCUUCCGAGCAUCCCGGAGAGCCCAUCCGCGAUAUCAUGCGGGGCGAUCGCUUGCUCGGCAUCCUAGCUCCCGUCAGAGCCAUGGGGGACUUCAAAUUUAAAUGGCCAUCGGAAACCAUCGAAGCCUGUCUGGCUGGAAUGGGCCUGGAGCACCAAGGUCCGCCUCAGCACUACAAAUCUCCGCCCUAUCUCACGUGCGAGCCGGAUGUGAUCCACCAUCGGCUCACGCCCAAAGACAAGUUUCUGGUCAUUGGAUCCGACGGAUUGUGGGACAUGAUGACCCCGAUGCAAGUGAUUCGAUUGGUAGGCGAACACAUGUCCGGGAAAGUGACUCUGUCCCCGCUUCAGUUCACUCAACCCACUUUGAGUUUGGGCGAGAUCAAGGAGGUGUUGGUCCACCGACAAGCGGCCAUGAAGCUCAAGCCCAUGGACUCGAAUGCGGCCACCCACUUGAUCCGGAACGCCUUGGGCGGCUCGGCCUAUGGGGUGGACCAUGAUCGUUUGGUUCAAAUGCUCACCCUACCCAAGGACAUGGUGAGAAUGUUCAGAGACGAUAUCACCGUGACAGUCAUCUUCUUCGACACGGAAUAUCUCAGACACUGUUAGCUUGGUUGGCUUUCGGGGCAGGGAUGCUCUUCCAGAUUGAGAGCGAAUACGGGGAUGGAGUCCUGGUCUCGGGUCCUUCUUCAUUCGGAGUUGUUAAUUAUUAAUUGAGUGUGUCUUCAAAUCCUUCCUACUCUCAAGAAGCAUUGACUUUACGCAGAAAAAGAUCCAUACAGACUGAACAGAUAUUCAAUGCAAACCAAGAUUAAAAUCAAAAUUUCAAUGAA